AUGGCGCAACAACCCGAUCCCAGUCACAACGUCCCGGGGGAGCUGAUCCCCCAUAUCCAUCUCACGUCGUCGUUCCGAUACCCUGCAGCACCGCGCCUGGACAUUAACGAGGUUGGCAAGUGGUUGCUGGCCGCGCCGCAAGUCGCCCGUGAUAAGGCUGCUUUCUUCUGGGGCUAUCUCGACAAGCCUGCCGACGGCACGACUCUCCUGACAUGGCAGCCCCUGCAGCGCCUUGGUACCAACUUUGCCACGGAUGGCUUUGUGUGGGCGCCUCCUGAGGAAAUCUAUAAGCAUGAUCUUCGCAAUGGCGCCAUUAUGGAAAUAUACCUCCUCAAGGCUGGCUACGUUCCUGGCGAGCAGGUGGCCGCUCACGCACGACGACGCUUCCGCCUGGUGCCGAUGCCUGGCCACCCGAACCCCCCGCCGAUGGACCAGAACCUGUUCAUUGUCCACUACGGACCGUCGGACCCCGAUAGCCGCCUUCCCAUCAACGCGAUCCCCUACGAUGAGCGUGUCGCUGCUAUCAUGCAGCAGCGCGCGUUCCUUCUGAGCCGCGGCAUGCUCCGACGCAAAGACUUUAUGCUCUCCGACCGUGCCAACUGGCCGACGAUGCCCGAGCUCACGCACCCGCAGAUGGCUGGCCAGCAAAACCCUCGUGGUGUCCCCCAACGGAUGGCAUAUCCGCCGCAGCCUGUCGCUGGCCCUCCGGCGAAGCGAGCCCGACAUGGCCAAGGCCAGCAGGCUGCCAUGCCUCAGAUGCCGACAAUCGACGUAAUGGAUGAUGACGAGGAUAUCUCUAGAGGCGACAUGUUCGACCAUCUGACACCUAGGGAGCUGUCUCUCGGUCGCUACCAGCAAAACCAUGAGUGGAUGGAGGAAAUUCUCUCCUCGCCGUAUCGCAUGGGACAGAUCACCCCCGCCGACCUUGGCCUUGGUCUCAAGGGUGAGCUUUCCGCGCUGACAGAAGGUAUUUUUGCUUCCCAGGGCGGUGAUGCAUUCAGCCAGUUGCCUCAAAAGACCUACGUUGGAAAGCUGGAGCCUGGUCUGGCGGAUGAGUUCCGCACCCGAGUCAACGAAUAUAUCGCUUCUACUGAGACCGACAUCGCCAAGAUGAAGAAGGAGCAAGAGCAAAAACUUGCCAAGCUCAAGGAGGGCUCUUUUAUCCGCACAAAAGAGCGGGAGCUGAAGUCGCUGGUUGAGCAAACUGGGCCUGAGGCAUGGAGAAUCGAGGGCCGCGUGGACAGUACAGACAAUGACGACGAUCAUCCGCGAUCUACCAGCAAACACACUCUAGAGGAAAUCGUGCAGCAAGUGGAAUCUUCUCUCGCCCGCAAGAUUGAGAGAAAGGCGCCCAUCUCUCGCAUCCAAGAGGGAGGCUAUCAGCUUCCUCCUCCUGAGCCAGAGCCUGCAGCGCAGGCCGGGGCCGCAGCAGUUGCCGGGCAGCAAAUGUCUCGCCAAGUCUCGCAAGCUGGCUCACAAAACAGCGGCUUGAUGAUGGGUGAUGCGGAUAUGGAUAUGGGAGACACAGCCGCUGGUCUGCUUGACCAGAUGCACACGGGCAUGUCAUCUGCAUCUACGCCUGCUAACAACUUCCCCACGCCUCAAGCACACCUUUCGGCCGGACAGUCGACCGCUGCUACACCGGCCAACGCCAACGUGCCUUCUCCGGCACCCCCGCAGCCUGCGCCACCUGCUGACGCCGCAAUGGGACAGGCGGAUGCUCCCAGGCCCGAGCAAGGCAACGCCCCAGGUGAGCAGGACGAUGACUGGGUUGUUGUGCCCAAGGACAGCACUUCUGAUCCCAGUCUAGGUAUCGCGUCCGCUGCCAAGCCGGUGACUGAGGAGGCCAAGGCGCCGAAUGUGACAAAACCGUCUGCGGAAGGCACACCGGCCGGUUCCAACAGCUAUGACCAGAACGACUUUAGCUCCCUGGGCGACCUGGACACGGCGGGCGACGCGCUGUCUGGGUUUGACGCCCCCGAGCUGGAUGGCGGUGCUGGACUGGACGAAGAUAUGGACCUUAACAUGGACAUGGAAGACUCUGCGUUUGGUGACGCAUUCCACGGGGUCGGCGCGACGGGCACGCCUGGGGGCGAGGGACAGGAAUAA